CUAUCUUGAGAGAAAUUGUUAGUAGCAGAGGCAAGAUCUUGGUACAAAUACCUUCGCGGUCCAAUGCCCAUCUCAAAAUCAUCAGUGAUAGAUGUUAAAUUUGUCCUCUCUGCCCUUUUAUUUACCUUCUUCCUUUGCCUCAUAAUACAUAUGCUAAAAGUGUUCCAAUGAGAAGAAUGAUCACUAGUACCACAAUAGCAACAACUAGUUUGAUCUUUCUUGAUGAGUCGUUGGUUUCCUUAGCAUCCAAGCUUGAAUUGAAUUUCCAAGAUUUGAGUGUAUGUUGUUUAGCUACACCUCUUGUAGAAGCUGAAAAGCCUAUAGUCACCCAUUUGUUCAAAACGUUCCUUAAAUCAACCAAGUGUAGUAUCCCUAAUGUGGAAACGUGCAUCUUAUGGAGUGUAAACAGUAGAGUGUAUAGAAUUGAUAUUGAUACCCACAUGACUUUGAACAUCCAUAGGAUCCCAUCCAAGGUUCUGGCCAAGGUAGCCACCACCAGAGUUGGGUGGGAUUUGAAAUCCAACUGGAGCAAGGAAAAACUCAAUUCCAUCAUUGGUAAUAUUUGGACUCGGUGCAUCAAUACUGAAGGAGAAAGACAAGUAAAGUCUGAAAGCUUUCCUGAGUUGGAGUCCCACAUCUGGACUUCAUUUGCAUAUGUGACCCAACCAACACGAAAGGGUUCAUUAUUGCUGAUUAACUCCACAAUUCCAGAGGAAGACAUUGCAUCUCCUUGGUAGAGAAUGUAAUUGGGACUAGGGUUGAAGUUAGGUAUUUGAAAGCUUAUUGAAUAUGAAGAUGGAAGAAGAAGAAGAAUAAAGGAAACACAUUUUG